AUGCUCUCGCCAACCGAUGACAGUAUUGCUCUGCGGAAGCCGAGUGAAGAUGUUGAGGCGAGGUUGGCGGGUGAGGAUGUCGGGGAUUCCACAACAGUGGCGGGGAAGGCGACGAGGGCGAGGGCACUGAAGGCAAUGGAUGCAGCUUAUGCGAAGUCGUUGGAAGCCAAGAAACGGUGUGAAGCAGCCAAGGUGGACGCAAAGAAAGCUGAGACAUAUGCGGCAGAAGCUGAAAAGGUCUUGAAGUCACUGAGUGCGGAGGCAUUCGCACGGAGCUCGGCGAUAAAGAAGGCCUCGUUGGCCGAAAAGGAAGCAGCAGCGGCAGCAUCUGAGUGCAUGACUGCAUUGACGGCCACAGAUAGGGCCGAGGAGGCGGCCACGCAUGCAGCAUACGAAGUGCUGCGGCACUCGAGGAUCGUACGUGCAGGCGGUCCGGACGGGCCAGAAGCCCAGUUGAAGGCCGAAAAUGAGGCGCAACGGGCUGAAGAGGAGGCGUCAAAUGCCGAGCGGUACGCGGUGAACGCGGCGGAUGCAGCAGGGAAGGCACAGGCAGCAUCUGAAAGGGCGGGGGCAGCGCGUGAGACGGCGCACGAAGUCGCGGCAACGGCCAACGCCCUGGUGGAACGGCACACUAAGGAGCAGCAGCAGCUGCGCGCCAAGGAGAAGGCGGAGGCAGAAGAGGCGAAAAAGCUCGUUGAGGCGGAGGCGGCGCGGAUGGUUGCCGCCGCGAAGGAGGCGGCGAAGCUCGCCGAGCAGAAACAGGAGGCUGGGAAUGGCGGGGGCAAGGCAGGGCAGAAAGCAUCGGACCAGGACGGCUCCGGCGACGGCAAUGCGACCGGGAAGAAGGACAGCAGCCGCGGCCAUGCAUGGGGGCGCGUGCCGCUGCUGCUGGUGCUGCUGACCUGCCUUGCCGUGUGA